GGGCCGCGGUGGCGGAGCCUCCCCGAUAGGGGUCGCUACACCGGCACGAGCCUUCCUUCUUUCUUUCUUUCCUCCCUCCGGUGGGCGGGCUCAGUUCCUUGUGGCCCGCCCCACAGCAGCCGGAGGGCGCCGCGAAGCUGAAGCCCGAUCGAUGCCGGGAGCUCGGAGGAGGCGGCGGCGCUGCUGAGCGAGGGGGGGCGGCCCCGCCCGGAGAUGGGGAUUCUCAGCAUCACGGACCAGCCUCCUCUGGUCCAAGCCAUCUUUAACCGUGAUAUAGAGGAGGUGCGGUCGUUGCUGAGUCAGAAGGAGAAUAUCAAUGUAUUGGACCAAGAGAGACGAACCCCUUUGCAUGCAGCUGCAUACUUGGGAGACACCCCUAUUGUUGAACUCCUAAUACUAUCAGGUGCUAACGUUAAUGCAAAGGACACCCUUUGGCUAACCCCGUUACACCGUGCUGCAGCUUCUCGCAAUGAGAAGGCACUUAACCUCCUCCUAAAGCACUCAGCGGAUGUCAACGCUCGUGACAAGUAUUGGCAAACACCACUGCACGUUGCCGCUGCCAACAGAGCCACCAAGUGUGCUGAGGCCAUCAUCCCCCUGCUAAGUAGUGUUAAUGUGGCAGACCGCACUGGCCGCACAGCACUGCACCAUGCUGUACACAGUGGGCACAUUGAGAUGGUGAACUUGCUCUUAAAUAAAGGGGCCAAUCUGAGCACAUGCGAUAAGAAGGAGAGACAGCCAAUACAUUGGGCAGCCUUCCUUGGACAUUUGGAAGUCUUGAAGCUGCUUGUGGCCCGAGGAGCUGACGUUACAUGCAAAGACAAGAAGGGUUACACACUGCUCCACACGGCAGCAGCCAGUGGCCAGAUCGAGGUUGUGAAACACCUGCUGAGGCUUGGAGUUGAGAUUGAUGAACCAAAUUCCUUUGGCAACACUGCACUUCACAUUGCCUGUUACAUGGGCCAGGAUGCUGUGGCCAAUGAACUGGUCAACUAUGGCGCCAAUGUCAAUCAGCCCAAUGAGAAGGGCUUCACCCCCCUGCACUUUGCUGCCGUCUCCACCAACGGAGCCCUGUGCCUGGAACUUCUUGUCAAUAAUGGAGCUGACGUGAACUUUCAGAGUAAAGAAGGGAAGAGUCCUUUGCACAUGGCUGCUAUUCAUGGACGGUUUACACGCUCUCAAAUUCUCAUACAAAAUGGCAGUGAGAUUGACUGCGCUGACAAAUAUGGCAAUACCCCCCUCCAUGUUGCUGCUAGAUAUGGCCACGAGCUGCUAAUUAGUACGUUGAUGACGAAUGGUGCUGAUACUGCAAGGCGUGGGAUCCAUGACAUGUUCCCCUUGCACUUAGCUGUUCUCUUUGGGUUCUCAGACUGUUGUCGUAAGCUACUUUCCUCAGGUCAGUUGUACAGCAUCGUCUCUUCACUUAGCAAUGAGCAUGUGCUGUCUGCAGGCUUUGAUAUCAAUACGCCAGAUAACCUCGGGAGGACCUGCCUCCAUGCUGCUGCUUCUGGAGGGAAUGUUGAAUGUCUAAACUUGCUGUUGAGCAGUGGAGCUGACUUGAGGAGGAGAGAUAAGUUUGGAAGGACUCCUUUGCACUACGCAGCCGCUAAUGGCAGCUAUCAGUGUACGGUGACAUUAGUCACUGCCGGAGCCAGUAUUAACGAAGCUGACUGUAAAGGCUGCACCCCCUUACAUUAUGCUGCUGCUUCGGACACUUACAGGAGAGCUGAGACUCAUUCAGGAAACAGCCAUGACACUGACGAAGAGCCACUGAAAGAGUCACGAUUGAAGGAGGCAAUCUUUUGUUUAGAGUUCUUAGUGGAUAAUGGUGCUGACCCCUCUCUCCGGGACAAGCAGGGAUACACCGCUGUCCAUUACGCAGCUGCCUAUGGCAACAGACAGAACCUUGAGUUGCUCCUGGAAAUGUCUUUUAACUGCCUGGACGAUGUGGAAAGUACCAUUCCAGUCAGCCCUUUGCACUUAGCUGCCUAUAACGGUCACUGUGAAGCCCUGAAGACACUUGCCGAAACCCUGGUGAACCUGGAUGUGCGGGACCACAAAGGGCGGACGGCUUUGUAUCUUGCCACGGAGAGGGGCUCCACAGAGUGCGUGGAGGUGCUCACCAGCCAUGGUGCUUCUGCUCUCGUGAAGGAGAAAAAGAAGAAGUGGACACCCCUACAUGCUGCAGCCGCCUACGGGAACACAGAUUCCCUACAUCUUCUCAUUGACAGUGGGGAGAGAGUCGACAUCACAGAUGUCAUGGACGUCCAUGGACAAACCCCAUUGAUGUUGGCGAUCAUGAACGGUCAUGUGGAUUGUGUCCACCUCUUACUUGAGAAGGGAUCCACAGUGGAUGCGGCAGACAGGAGAGGCAGGACUGCACUGCACCGGGGGGCUGUGACUGGCUGUGAAGACUGCCUUGCAGCACUGCUGGACCAUGAUGCCUUUGUAUUGUGUCGGGAUUUCAAGGGCCGGACCCCGAUCCAUUUUGCCUCGGUGUGUGGGCAUUCCGAAAUCCUGAGGACUUUGCUGCAGGCAGCACUCUCUACUGACCCUCUGGACUCUGUGGUGGACUAUAGUGGCUACUCACCAAUGCACUGGGCUUCUUACAGCGGGCAUGAAGAUUGUCUUGAAUUGUUACUUGAACACAAUCCAUUUGCAUACCUAGAAGGAAACCCUUUUACUCCAUUGCACUGUGCAGUAAUUAACAACCAGGAUGGCACUUCGGAAAUGCUUGUGGAAGCAUUGGGUGCCAAGAUUGUUAAUAGCAGAGAUGCCAAAGGAAGGACCCCCCUUCACGCUGCUGCCUUUGCAGACAACAUCCAUGGUUUACAACUGCUUUUGCGCCACCAGGCUGAGGUAGACGUGACUGACCAAUUAGGAAGGACCCCUCUUAUGAUGGCUGCUGAGAAUGGCCAGACCGCAGCAGUUGAGUUUCUGCUGUACAGAGCAAAAGCGGAUCUAAAUGUGCUGGAUGUCAACAAGAACACAGCUCUUCACCUGGCCUGCAGUAAGGGUCAUGAAAAGUGUGCCUUGUUGAUUCUGGGGGAAACCCAAGACCUUGGCCUUAUCAAUGCAACUAACAGUGCUCUGCAGAUGCCACUCCAUAUUGCAGCUCGAAACGGACUGGCAUCUGUUGUUCAGGCUUUGCUAAGCAGAGGUGCCACUGUGCUUGCUGUGGAUGAAGAAGGCCAUACCCCAGCCUUGGCUUGCGCCCCCAACAAGGACGUUGCCGACUGCCUGGCACUUAUCCUUUCCACCAUGAAGCCUUUUCCACCUAAAGACGCCAUCAGCCCUUUCAGCUUCAACCUCCUCAAGAACUGCGGCAUAGCUGCCAAAACGGCAGCCUGCAGUGCCCUGCCCAAUGGGAACAGCUGCCCCUAUACCAAGGAUAGGCACAAUGCAAUUGGCUUAGAUGGUUGUUACUCGGAGUAGCUUAAAAACCAUGAUGGGUGAUCUAAUAUCUUCUAUUUAUUUAGGAAUUCUAUAAAUAUAGGACACUUUAAAGGAGAACAAGACUGGAAUGGGCCUUCCAAAAUGGCCGAGGAACCAAAAAGAGAGGGAGAGGAUCUCGGCUUCUGCUUCCUUUGUAGACUUUUGCUUUGAUCAUUAGCAUCUCUUGUCAGUAAAAUUAACAAAAAGCAACGUGGCUCUCAAACAAAUUCAUAGUUGUCAGUUUGGAAUUCCUUAAAACAGUUCUGUUUUAUUCCUCUUAAAAUUAGCCCAGAGAUCUUGUCAAAAAGGUGUUGCCUGGCACUUCUGAGUAAAUGGUGUUAUAAGAUGCUUUCAAUGGCCAACUGUAUAAAUUCCAGCUCCUCUGGCUCGAUGCUUCUGAGAACUGAAUGAAUAGCAAACCAAAUUAAUUUUGUGCAGGGGCUUGCUGAGUAAUGGGCACAUCGUACAAUUAGACGGAUCUGACUUUGAAAUUUGGAGCCUCCCAAAAUGGACUGUCCUAGCCUUUCCAUGUGCCUGGCUCCCUUCCCCUUUGUGAUAACUUUCUCCAUGUUCUCUGACUGAUAGCAUUCUUCUUGCGGGCCAUGCAGUUCUAGACAGGGAGCAGAAGUCUGAAAUACCUCUUGGUUUUAUUUGGCAUUAGGUGUUUGACAAAUGAGGGACCGCCAAGAAGGGCAGCAGCUCCUGGCAAAGUGCCACUAUAACUGCUCCUUCCUUUAUGAUGACUUUUGUGUUUGUUUAGGUUGUUUGUUUGUUGUGCUUGCCCUUUUUGAUUCCAGUAAAAACACUUGAAUUGAGAACUACUGUACCUGGGACACUAUGAUAACUUAGGCAGCUCGUAAUCCCUUGUAUGCAAAAUGGGUGCUGUUGCUCAGCUGACGCGGUCCUCUUUGAUAAAACCUGCGUAUGCGCUGCCAGAAUUAUCCCUACCAUAUCAGGCACUUUAGGGAUUUUCUCUUUUUGGAGAUUGAUUUUUGUUGGGGGGCGGGUGGGAAGGGUAAUAAAAUGUUGAUCCUGAAAGAGAAUUUCCUUCAUCACUCUCCCCCACCCCGCUUUUCUCUGUGUUGUGCAGUGUUUCCCCAUUAGACAAGUCAGUGUUGCUUUAAAGAAAAGAAAUUAUUUAUAAAGAAACAAGCAUUUAACUUUUUAAAAAUAGCAAAAAAAGAGCUUUCUGCAAGUUUCAUCUUUUCAAGGAAAACAAUGCACUUCAGAACCUUACAGUCCUGCAGUUGUAUUUAUAAUCCCCCCCCGAAUGCCAUCCAGCAACUUUCAUUAGGGCGUGUGCACGUGUGUGCGUGUAGUUGGUAUGUUUGUGGGUUUAGAGUGUGUGUGUGGGUGUCUUGUUUUAAAAAUUAUAUUUAUAAAAAUGCAGGUUUUACGUAUUUGAGUGUAUGCACUGUUUUUCUUUUUGUACUGUAAAUUGUAUCGUGUAGAAACUAACAAAAAAAUUACCAUAUCACAAGCAUGUUCAAAGCCAAAGAGUGGGAUGUAGCAAUCGACUGAGGGCUGCCAGGGCAAACAGUUUUGAUCCAACAAUCUUUUCCACCUCUUUCUCAGUCCUGCAGUGCUGUGCUGGCUCCUGGAGCUGGUAAAGCCUGUGAAAUUGCUCCCAGAGCAUUGCACGUUGGGGCCAGUGGGCUGUUAGGGCUAGUAACCCUGUGAACCAACUAGUUUUUAUAUUCCCCAACCACCUCCUCUUAUAGAAUCAGCUAGACUGUUACAGACAAAAUAUGAGCCAAGUGUAUGCUUGAACCAUUCUGCUUCAUGGUGCAUUUUAGUUUUAAAAUAAAUGACAAUUUCUUUAACCAAAAACUUAAAACUGAAAGCCGAUUAUUCCCCCCCCCCUUCCAUUUUACGCACCGAAGCCAUUUCCACAGCAUCACUUACCUGGGCCCUGCCUGGCUUUCUAAAGCAGGAAAUGAUAAACCAGCCAGCUUUUGGGGUAUGGUUGCUGGAGAGGACUUAAAAAGAGGAGUUAGUCUAGAUGCAACAAAGGCAGAAACUGGGUCUGAAAUGAGAAAACCCUUCCCUUCUUUUUGGCACUGUUUUUAAUGUACCAAAGCCAAACUCCUAGAGCCAAAUACUGAAGCUGCAAUUUUGUCCUUUGGUGAACAGUGCAUUGUUAAAAGAGAUUCUCAGUUUUCAUUUUCUUUUCUGUUUUUGUUUAAUCCCCACCAAAUGGACUUUGUCUUCCCCACAGACCACUGCACAUCAUCCUGAGUCAGCUCUUCAAACACUACCUGAACAUUUUGUUGGUUUGCUGCAUAUGGAUAGGUUGCAAAAAUUGGGGGCCUUAAGGUAGCGAGUUCUAGUCUUCUAAUGAACCCAGCCAUUUCCUUCAACUAAGCCUUCCACAAAGACUAGGGCGCUACUAGCUUAGCUUUUUUCUUUCUUUGAUGCCCAAGGAAUCUUGAGAGAUCUUUUCAAUUUGCAGCUGCUGCUUUUGAGCAUAUCAAGAUUUUAAUGCACUUGCCAAAAGGCACAGCGACUGCCUGUUGCAAAUUGGCCAUUAAUUUUUUUUUUUAGCUGCACUAUGGUCGGGUUAGUUUUCUCCGCCCUCAGUUGCUUCAAGUUCUCUACCUUGAAAGAAAGUGUUAACCUUUCUACACCAAAUACCUCACGUUGGAAUAGAAUUGAACAAAACUUGAAUGAAAGAUUCCCACCUUUCCUCUCCAUCCCUUUUUUGAUACAGGAAGGUCCUUUUCAGUACUUUGUAAAGAGGGAGACCUGAAAAUAACUCAUAAAACCUUGUUUACAUUGUUUGUUUUUAGGUACUAGCAACUUGUAACUUCUUUUAAAUUGUCUAAUUUUAUUUUAGCCUUCUAAACGUGUUCCUCCUGCCCUGCCACAUAAAGGCGAAGGGAAAAGGGAGAUUGUAAGGAAGUAAGUCUGAAGCCACACUUUUCUUUUUUUUAAAGGGCUAAAAUUAAUCCUCCUUUAUGGACCAGAAACUUUUCUGAAGGGUCUCUGGGAUUGAGAUAUUUACAAGAGAAUGGGCCAGUAGGAGAGACCCUGUGCUAAUUGUUACGCUACAAUUUGGAAAGACUGAUUGAAGUCCUCUGUCUCAUCCCUUGGGUGCUACUGUUGGCUCUACACUCACACCUGUACCAUGCAAUGGAUACCAUUUUUUUAAUUCACCCAAGGAAAUGUGUACCUCUUGAGAAACCAUAGCAUAGGUAUGCCUUACCCCGGAACGAAAAGGUUUGUGCUCGUAUGUGUUGAACUAGGGGUGUUGCUGUCCCUGUUUAGAGCAGUUAUCUGUAGUGAAGUUGGUUGUAGAGUGUUACAGAGGUGUGAAGCUGAGGAGAUCAGACUCCUUGCAUUAGUAGCACAGUUCGUUGGACAUCAGGUACGUCGAUCUCAGUGUUCAGCUAUAUUUUGAAAUGGCAGUGUGGGAUGGGAAGAGGAGCUGAAAUGAGAGUAGGGUUUCCAGGAUCAUUUCAAAAUGAGGGGAUCUCCCAGCCCUAGCGAUACAUGGAUUGUGCUUGCAUUUUCUUAUUAGGAUUGUAGCGGGUUCUUAGGCAUUUUUUUUCUUUAUUAACUGAGGAAAAAAAUAAUCUGACACUUGAUCUUUAAAAAACAACAACACACACGUGCUGAUAAUGUGUUCUUUUCCUCACACAUCAACAUAAAAAUUCAAUAUAUGACAAUCAAUGUGAUCUCUUUAAGGGCUUCAGCGUUCUUAGUUCUGUAGCAUCAUGCAUUAAUAUUUUUUAUGUUCAAUUUUGCCCCCAUUUAUUUCCUUUGUAAAAAUAAUGAAGAAGAAAAUGGAGUGGGGAAAAAUUCCAGCAGCGCAUACGUGAAUUAAGAAUAUUUUAAAUUUGGUGGGUUUUUUCCCCCUAUAAGAAAGGGAAGGUAGGAAUUGGGGGUGGGGGUGGUGAAAUGUGGCCAGUUCUGUUGUAGUUGCCAGUCUUGUUCUCCUUUAAUACUGUAACAUGUACAUUUUGACAGCACAGCUUGACAAUUUUAAGUAAUAAUCGAAGUGGCUGGUGGUAAUAACUUGCAUUAAUGUGCUAAGAUGAGAGUCGGUUUCCCUAGUGCAUUUGUAAAAGAGGGCUGGAGGCAAACUUCCUUUUUUCUUCCUGUCUCUUCUCUCCCCCCCUUCCCGCCCAGUAUUGUGCAGGCACAUUUGGCUUCAAGAUGUGCAGUAUUUUACGCAGGGUUUGGGGGGGGGGAAGUGGAAUGUUGUUUCCCUGUUCAGAAGUGUAACAGGUUCUUGCUUAUCUUGUUCCCGUUGCCUCCCUCCUUAGGAAUGGCCUUGGUCUUAACCAUGCAUCUUUUGCUGAACCUCAAAAGACACUGCUCCGGGCCUUUCCAUUUUCUUCAUUUGUCUCAAAAGCAAUCAUUGGGCUUCCCUCCUUAACCCAGCCAAAUAAGGAAGUUUCUCUCCAACCACCUUUCUCCAAAGCACUUGCUUUACAAGUAAAAUAAGCACUUUUGUUUUAAAAGCGUGAGGGUCUAGUUUCCCCUCUUAUAGCAACCCAUAGGAGAAAGGCCAGCAAGGGGGAAAUGGGGAUCAGAAAGAGUCUGUUGUUGUUGUUGUUGUUGCUUUUUCCCUUGUUUUGUUUUGCAUGGGGUGGGAGGGCAGAUAAUUUUUUUAAUUAACUUCAUGUCUCUAGAGAAUUAAUGAACAAAGGGAAGUUGUGUUUUAAAAAAAAUAACAGCACAAAUACAUUUCAGUUCUACAAGUGUAUUUGCACUGCCAUUGUUAGAUAAUGGGCCACCCACCGGGAGCCCAGCUGAGCCAUAUGACUAUUGACAAACUUUGAAUGUAAAUGUCCUUAUAGAGGGCAAGUACUGGGAAGCUAUAAAUUGAUCUUAUAUUCCUAAAUGGGCACUUCAAUGAAUUUGAAACAACUAAUCCUGAUAAAA